UUUGUCUUGUAGAACACGCGUUUUUCAGUAUUAUAAUAAAAUUAAACUCAAAAAACUGAAGCAAACGGGCUGUAUUACUCAAGCUAAGUGAAACAAGUAUACGACAAUGAACAUAACACAGACAAGUUCGCUACUCCAUCACGAGUUGCUAUGCUGCCGUGUUUGUUUAAUGCUGGACUGCAGACUGUAUAAUAUUCAUGAGUAUAAACUCGCCGAUACCUUUACUCGCAUCUCUGGGACUGCUGUGACCAGGGACGGGCUGCCGCAGUACCUGUGCGCGUACUGCCUCGUGCUGCUCCUGAAAUGCUCGUCCUUCAGAGAAAUGUGUCUCCGCACGCAGAAGCAACUUACACCCACGCUGCUCAAGGGAGCGCUGGAUACAGAUUAUAUCCGCAAAUACCAGCUCCCUCACCGGUCCCUCAACUUAACCCAAACUGAAGUCAAAAUAAUAGAAUUACUUCCAUCCAAUUUAAAUGGACAAGAUGAUCACAUUGGGACAAUAGAUGGCAUCAAUGAAGCUUAUCCUGAAAUGAAACCUGAAAUACUAGAAGAUUUCAUUGAUAAUGAAUUUGAGGAUGAAUUAGAUACAAAAGAUGGUAUAAUCAGUAAAAGAAAAAUUGAGAAUACAAAGACUAUGGAAAAUGUAUUGAAAACUAAAAAAACCCGCAAAAGACAGGCAGUAAAGAAAAAUAUGGUUUUGAAAAUCGAACGUGUCUUUAAUGAAAGUAUGGAUGUUGAUAAAAAUAUAAUAAAAGUGGAAAAAGAGAAUACAGAAAUAAGUGAAACUCCAGUGAAGAAAAAUAUGGUCUUAAAAAUUGAACGUGAAAGUAAUGAAAGUAUGGAUUAUGAUGAUAAUCUAAUGAAAAUGGAAGAAAAUGCAGGGACAUUGAAAAUGAUUACGAUUGAAGUAAAAGACGAAAAAAUGGAAGACGUCAAAAUGAAAAGAAAAAAAGUCCAAAACGUAACGCGUACGGAACGUAAAAAGAAUGUGACAAAAAGCGAGAAAAGUAGCCGGAAGCCUAAAUUUAAUAUUGCCACAUUUGAGAGUACCUACAAUCUUAAAAUUGUCACUUUGAGCAAGGAAGAGCAACUGGAAGAGAUCGCAACACGCAAAAAGUCGGAGAAUUACCUGAUGUCGCAGUUUAAGUGCGAGGACUGCGGGAAAGGGUUCGGCGUGGAGUCCGCCUACAAUAAUCACCGCGCCCAGCACAGCCCGAGCAAAGGUCCGUACUCCUGUGACAUCUGCGCGUCGUACUUCACGCGCCACCGGCUCUACAUACACCAGAAGCGGCACCGACUGAAGUACAUUUGCAAUGAGUGCAGCUUCGUCUCCAGACACAGGUCACAAGCUAUCAGACACCACGCCACGCAUACCGGCAAGACCUACGAGUGCCCACACUGCUUGAAGAGCUUCAUAAAGAGCACGUCGUGCUCGAACCACAUGAGGCAAGCGCACCCCGAGGUGAACGUGGACUGCGUCGAGUGCGGCGAGACCUUCGUCAGCGAGGCCGGCCUCCGGCUACACAAGAACCGGAUACAUCACUUGAAAUCGCAAAAGUUCAUAGGCACUAUCUGCUCAGCCAAGUUCAAUAGUGUCUCGGCGCUGGACAGACACACGGACACGGCCGGCGAGCACGGAGCCCUGCGGCCGUGCGAGCAGUGCGGCGAGAACUGUGCGAGCGAGCAGGCGCUACAGGAACAUGUUGGGGUGGCACAUGCCACUGAGUCGCAACUUUGUGAAGUGUGUAACGUGGCGUUCUCAAACGCGGCGGCGCUGGCGACGCACAAGCUCCGCAAGCACCUCGGGCAGCGCUACGCGCAGGCGCCCCGCCCCGAGCAAGACAAGAAGGGCUACAGAGCUUACAAGAGGAGGCCUAAGCCGUGCAUGUGCGAGCAGUGCGGCGCUAUUGUGCCGAACCCAUCUAACCUCGCGAACCACAUGAGCACGCACCUCGGGGUGAAGCCGCACGUCUGUCCACACUGCCCGAAGACAUUCGGCUGGAUACAUAAUCUAAGAAAACAUUUGCGCAUACACAGCGGUGAGAAGCCGUACCAGUGCCCCGAAUGCCCGCUCGCCUUCAGCUCCAAGUCGAACUACAACCGACAUCACAACACUGCACAUCUCGGCAUUCGCGGCUCGUUUCCGUGUCCGGUGUGCGGGCGCGCGUCCACCACCAAGCACUCCCUGGUCGUGCACGUGCGCGCGGUGCACGGCGACGCCGGCUGGCCCAAGCGGGACCGCAACAAACGGAAGAAAAAGACGCAGAUAGAUGAUGAAUGA